AUGGUAGGCCCCACUCCACCCCUCCUUGGCUUGGCUAUCACGGACUGGCUAGAGAAAAUGGACGAGGGCAAUUGGUUGCAGGAAUCGACAUGUGCAGCGUAUGUACGCCAGGCACUGCUAGCCUUGUGCCACAGCCAUUCGGCACAGGUCUUCCAUCGUGACUUGAAGCCCAGCAACCUCCUCCUGACCACGAAGCUGCCAGAUGCCGUCAUCAAGGUGGUGGACUUUGGCCUUGCAAACAUCCUGGAUCCCGACAACGCGAUUAUUCAGAAGCACCCGAACGAGUACACGGUUCCAGAAAUUUUAAAGAACUCUGAGCCCAUAAAGCACGGCGGUGCCGACAUGUGGAGUGUGGGUGCUAUCGCCCAUGCGCUCCUCGUGGGAAGCGGUGCCAGUGUGAGCUCAAGGAGAGGCUGGGGCUUCAGCAGGGAUGACGAAGGAUGGAGUGAGAGAAGUCCGAUGGCCCGAGACUUCGUCCUGCGUCUCCUGAGGCCUGCUGGAGAGCGGCCGACAGCCGCAAAAGCCUUGCACCAUCCGUGGCUGAAGGGCAUCAUGCCCAUCAGCACCAUCAAUACAAAUCACAGUAACACGAAAGAAGCCCGGGAGCUUCGGUACAAAAUGCUGUGCUACUCGCUGAGCCUCAUACUGUUGCCUGCCGUGGUGCCACACCGGGACUUCGAUCAGCUUCGGACAGCCUUCCAGCAGAGCGACCUGGACCGCGAUGGCUUCAUCCCAAAGGCGAUCGGACUGAGGCUGCUGCUGAGCCGGUGCAACCUCAAGGAGGCAGUGGUGCCGGCCAUGAACAUUGUCGAUUUGGGGCGCACAGACACGUGCGACCUUGCUUCGGUUGCAGCGGCAGACUUGAUUGCCAGAGAGUUUUUCGCAGCAGGACCAACCUCAGCACCUUUAGUGGGGCCCUUUGGAGCCACAGAUCUAGCGCCCAGACUGAUCAAGCGCUUUUUCGAGGUGUUCGCCGACAAACAGAACGGUGCUCCUGUAGCUGCUGUCCAUCUUGGAGCCAUAAGGACCAAGACGCGAACUGCCACGGCUAGGGACGUGGAGGCUUUCGCUGGCAUCAACUACGAGGAGCUGCUGACGUGCCUCCCUGAGGACACCAUGAUCGAUAGUCAGCUCCUCAUGACUCAGCUCUCGGCGAGCGCCGGGCGCGGAACGCCCCUGGGCAUAGACCAAGAGCUGUCGCCGUUGAGAGCAGAGUCGCCUUGGGAGUCCGCGUUCCUGGACUUCUUCGGCAUUUUUUACACGUGCAGUGCGUCAAAACGAGAUGAGUCGCCUGGUUCCAUCCGAAUGUAUUGA